AUGCAGUGUGUCCAGGCCGAUGGCGCAGGGGCCAACCCCACGCACCGGAAUGUGAGCGAGGUGGGGCAGUGGGUGCGGCUGAAUGUGGGGGGCACCGUGUUCCUCACCACCAGACAGACUCUGUGUCGGGAGCCCAACACCUUCUUGUGCCGGCUGUGCCAGGAGUCCAAGCUGCUGUCUGAGAUGGACGAGACAGGAGCAUUUCUCAUCGACAGGGACCCGGCUUACUUUGGCGCGAUAUUACGUUAUUUAAGGCAUGGAAAACUCGUAAUAGACAAAAAUGUCUGUAUAGAAGGUGUCCUAGAAGAGGCUGAAUUUUAUAACAUUGCUUCUUUGGUAAAAAUCAUCCAGGAAAAAAUGGAGGAGGUUGAAGUCAGCCAGAUCCAGCAGAAGCAUGUGUAUCGGGUGCUACAGUGUCAGGAGGCAGAAUUGGCUCAGAUGGUCUCCACCAUGUCCGACAACUGGAAAUUUGAACAGUUGGUGAAUGUGGGCUCUCCGUACAGUUACAGCAGUGAAGGGCAGGCUGAAUUUCUCUGUGUGGUAUCCAGAGAGCUCCAGCAUAAGUACAAAUCCAGCGGUUCCCAGUCCUGCUCAGCAGCAGAGAGCUGCAACAUUGAACAGGAUGAAGAAAAUGUGCUGAACCCCGAGUGUAUUUUGCUCCAGGAGGAGACAGAAAGGGACAGCAGAGAGUAACUCUUGUGAGUGUACCUCAGAGGUCUUUUUACUCAAAAUCAUCUCACUCUUCAACCUUGCAGUGUUUCUCUGACUCAUCCUGAAAUACCCAUUGCAAGGCAGGUUUCUAGGAUACACAUAGAUACAUCUUUAUUCAGCCUGUCUGGCCAUGCUGGCAUAUAAUUAAAACAUGGCUUGAUAUGUGUCCCAAGGAAGUAUGAUAAACACUGUGGUAUGAUGAUCUGCACAGCUCUUUAUGUUCUUCUCUAUUUUUAUCCAUUUUGUCCUUUAUUGUCUUAUAGCCUUUCCUUUAUUCCUUACUUCUCUAAAUAUAUUUUCCACUGAAUCUAAUCCAGGGUCCACUGGCAUCUGUUAUACUAAACAAGGCACAGCCUAACAUGAUGGAUAAGAGAACCUCAUCAGUGAUCAGUCCUUCAUAAUUUGUAAACAAGGGGUUGGACCAAAUACCUGUAGGUGAUGAAAUACAUUAUCUAGCAGUUGCAAAGAAACACAGCAUCUUAUCUCGAGUUGUGAAACUAACAGAAUAUACUACUUUCUGAGGUCAUAUUUCCUUAAAUCUUAUCAGGGCAUUUGGGCAUCACACCUCUAUAGUUAACCCUUUCUUUUUCCCAAAGGUAUUGUGUCCACUGAUACAUGUUAUAAAUGAUCUUCCAUGCACACUCCAUUUUGUGAUACACUCCUACAAAUAAAGCAAUAUUUUAACAGAAA